ACCUCUAAAUACUAGCUAUUUCUGUGUGACAAAAUGCUUAAGACUUUUGUUAGUUUCUUUUUUGUUUUUGGAGCUUGGUUAGCUCAUGGAACUUCUCUUCAAGAUACUCCCAUCACACCACAGAACCAUUUUAAUCUGGAUCAAUUUUUGGGACGUUGGUUCGAGGUGGCAGUUGUUUCAACAUGUCCACACUUCAUGCAGCGUAAGAUGAGAAGCCCUGCUAUUGUUCAGCUAGAUCUUAACAACACAGAGAGCAACAUCUCUGUGGCAGCCACUACUUUCAGAAAUGAAUCUUGUAAAUCAACUUUCACCAACUACAGUAUGACGGACACUCCAGGGAAGUUCUUCUACCAUGUUCCCAAGUUCAAUGCGGACGUUGAUGUGUAUGUGGUCGAUACAAACUAUGUCCAAUAUGCACUGAUGGUCCUCCUUAGCACAGAACUGCCAGAGGGAAACACAACAUGGAUAGUUAAACUUUAUAGCCGGAGUAAAGAAGUGAGUGAGGCCAUGAUGGAGAACUUUAAAACGUUGGUGAGACAACAGGGGAUUGAUAAAACAGUAAUUAUGAAUCAAGACAGAGGUACGCUGAUCACAACAUAUCAAAUACAAAUGCAAUAG